CGUGAAUUAUAAUAGUUGUCUUGAAGAUGGCUGAUCAGAGUUACAAUGCUGUCAUUAUUGCUGUCGUGGCUGUCUUCGUCACUUUGACUGUUGUAACGACAGCUUUUCGCCUGUACACCAAGGUUGUCGCCGUGAAGAAGUCAGGUUGGGAAGACUGGUUGAUGUGCGUUGCCACUGUAGGGCUAGUGACCAUUUGCGGCGCAGGCGCAGGGUCCCUCUCCCUUGGCCUCCUCCAGCAUACGAAGGACAUUCCCCGACACGAUCUGAUAGCUCUCGGCAACGUCAUCAACGUCAUAGUCUUCGUCUACAUCCCGGCCAUCGCCUUCACAAAGCUCAGCAUCCUUCUCCAAAUGACGCGAAUCUUCAUCCCCAUCCACGGCACCAAGUCCUUCUACGCCAUGCUCGCGUUCAUCACUAUCAAUAUGCUGUACUACCUCGCGGACUUCAUCGCCCAGUUCGUGGCAUGCUUCCCGCGCUCCAAAACGAUGAACGAGGAGAUACCGGGCAUGUGCGAAAUCUGGCUUGUAAAUAGCAUCCUUAGCGGCGUCUUCAAUAUGGUUUCGGACUUCAGCAUGUUGGCCAUGCCGAUUUUCUGGAUUACGCGGCUGCAUAUGUCGACUGGCCGGAAAGUCGUCGCUUCCGCUGUGUUCACGGUCGGAAUACUGGCCUGCGCAGCGAGCACGACUCGUUUGGUGUUCAGCAUCAAAUAUAUGCUGAACACGUCCGAAGACGAGAUGGACUCUAAUGUCCGCCUGGCUUUGUGCAGGACAUCAGAGGUCACAGCUGGAAUUGUGUGCGGCAACCUUCCCAGCCUGCCGGCCUUCAUUAGGCACGCGAGGGGUAAAGACCAGAGCAGUGGAGUGGUGGUUCAAGCGAAACCUCGGGGCGGUGACCUGGAGAAACUGCCGUCGAUGCCUGAUAAGAUGCCGGAGCUGGUUUUCCUAGCGGGCGCCCGUGGCGAAGUUAUUUGAGACGGUGUUGUUCCAUUGACAAAACGAAACAACUAUUCGUAAGGUAGAAAACGAAGAAGAGGCCCCUGGCAUCUCAAAGGGGGAGCGCCUCUUCGCACGAGCGGCGCGGUUGUACGGGAGCUGUGCUAUCUCAACGACUUCGCAGAUCGUCCGUUGAUAUCCGGGGCGUUAGAGAGAACUCGUCUAAGGAGAUCCUUCACGCAUGUGGCGAGUAUGCUCUUCGAUUCAUCGUGUUAGCAUCUCGAAAAGCAAUUCUAGGGACGGUCACCAGACUUGGAAUUAUAGAUAAGAAGCAACGUUUGGGAAGGAAAAGAUGGUAAAAGGU